AUGUCUGGAAAAGGACCGCGCAAACGAGAACUAGCCGGUGGGAUUGAUCAGCUUUUACCGCCAGUGAAAAGAAACAGGAAAAGAGAGAGGAAAUUCAAAUUGCGAAAAUUACAAGAAGUGUUGGAUGAAAUAGUAGGAAGAGUUGCAAAUAGUGAUGGACAGCUGGUGAAUUCCUUGGUUCGAGAGCUAAACACAGAGCAUGUACGGGUUAUCGGUGAUGCGGAAUUCGAGAAGAGUUGUGAGAAACUUCUCAGGGCUUGUUUAACGGCAAAACUCGACUCAAUUUCCACUAUAAUUUUCGACUGCCUAGCAGCUAUAUUCACCCGUGGAAGGCUUCGGAGAAAACGGAAAAUCAUGCUCUCCCUGAAGAAUUAUCAAGAUGGUCUUGCUCGAGCAACCAGGGAGGUUUGGAGAUUCAAGAAAAGAGCAAGAAAUCUGGAAAUCGACGAUGAAGACAUCACCAUCGUUGACGCCUUCUUCAGAAGACCGAAUCUGGAUCGUGGAAUUCUCGGAAUCUACGUGUCAUGCCUCAGAGAGCAAGUGAUUACAGCGGAUGAGGUUCCAGAGAAAAUCAAACUAAUCGCUCGCCGCUCAAUGGGCGCCACCUCCCUGUCCUCGACGGCUCGCCGCAUCACCGCCGUCGAAUUCCACGUGGCAAUGGCCACAGCCACCCCUCUGAACCAAGACUGGGCCGACCAAAUGAGCGAUUGCGAGUCGAUUCUAGCGAUUUUGAACCUGGACCGGGAUUUUAGGGUUCGCAGAGCUGUUGCCGAGGGGUUCCUAGAGCUAUCGUCAGUUUGGAAAUUGUCCAAAAAGGUGUAUUUUGUGGCCAAGGAGUUUUUGAAAGACACGGAUUCCGAUGUGAGGAUCGCUGCUAUUCGAUUAUUGAUUGGUUUUGCCAAUAAUAUGGGUCACGAGAUGAUUUUGAAGAAGAAAGGUGAAUCAGGAGUAGGAGAUGCACAAACUACAAUCUCCGACGACGCCUUCUCGGCAAUCUGUGAUGCCAUGAAUGAUAUAGAAAUAGCAGUGAGAGUAGAAGCUGCACAGACCCUUGGAGACUUCCAAAUGGUAUCUGAAGACCUUAUCUAUCAAACACUGGACAAGAAAAUGAUGAGGACGGCGGCGAACAAGCAAGUGGUGAAAGUGGAGCAAUCCCUUUUUGCACUAUCCAAAAAGGCAUCUGCCAAUAAGGAUCGGAGAUGGAAAUUCGCCAAAAAAGCGCCUAAACCAGCAGAGACACGUGGCGGAUGGUCCAGAGGAAAGGAGCUGAACGCGGUGGCGCCUGGAGAGGAGGAGAAGAAGAAUGAAGAGGAGGAAGAGGAGAGUAUCAUCCCGCAUGGAGCAUGUGGAGCAUUUGUUUCGGCACUGGAGGAUGAGUUUAUGGAUGUCCGCAAAGCCGCAGUCUACUCUCUGGGUCGUUUGGCUUGUAAUCGACCUGCCUUCGCUGUGUCUGCUCUGGAAUAUCUCGCGGAUAUGUUCAAUGAUGAGAUUGCUGAUGUUCGGUUGGAUGCGAUUAACGCGUUGACCCCUCUGGUGGCUCAUGGACAAUUGAAUUCCGAGCAGUUGAAUGUGAUUUCAAAGUGUUUGGAUGACGCGAUGCCAGAAGCCCGCCAAGCGAUGCGAGAACUCCUAAAACGUGCCCAAUUCGUGGACGUCAAUUGCGUCGAAAUGUGUGUCAAAGCCCUGCUGGCGUGCCUCAAGCGCUUCCCAAAAGACAAGGAACAAAUCUACGGAUGUAUGGCGGAUAUCGGAAAUAACCAUUCGGUACAAGUGCAAGCCAUUAUGAGAUCCCUUCUGGAUAUCCAUCUGAUUUUCCAUACAAGAGAACCAUCGAUUGACGAUCAGGAGUACGUUGGGAAGCUGAUAAUGGUGUUAAAUGCAGCUGCAAGUCAACCCAGUCUAGUGAUGUUUAUGCCAGAAUUCGUGCAUAGGCAUUAUCGAUUUUUGAGGAAUUCCUACCCGAAUAUAGUGAGGGCGAUUCGAGUGAUAGAUGAGGAGAAGCAGAUAGGAAGAGUACGGAAAGCAGAUGAUACCACUAAUGAUAAAGCAGAGGAAGUUGUGAUGAUAACCUAUCAGAGGCUUUGUGAAGUCUCGAAGAACUCGAAAUCAAAUUUAAAUAUUGCCGAGAGAAAUAGCCAAAGGGAUGAUAUCUUCCGGGACGCCGCUGCUAUCUCCCACUACAAUUCGUCUGUCUCCGGUGCCGCCCGUCUGAUCUUCUGCCUCGCUGAAGUGUCCUCUACCCUGGAUUCAGUCACCAAUACAGUACUCUGUGGUGGGGAACUGACAAAUGUGAAGCAGUUGAUAACACAGAGUAUAGAGGAUAUGCAAUCGAUUGAGCAUCGAUUCUCAGGAGUGUCUGUUCAAAUUCACGCCUAUCUCGUUUAUUGUAAAGUCUACUUGUCUUUCCUGGAUCUGCUGGUUUGGAUGAUGCAGGUCAUGGCUCCACAGGCUGACGUCGUUGCUGCAGGCCAAUCGAUAUGCAAGGAAGCGAGACGGGCGUUGGAGGAGUAUGAAGAUGUGCCGGAAUCAGCGAUUUUUAAUUUUAUUAGCGCUUGUGAAGCGGUGUUCAUGCCACCCAUACAGAUUCCAUUGACUGCUGGAGGUGUCAUAGACGACAAAAGAAAGAUUAUCACCCCGUCUACCGUAGUAAAGCUCUUGGAUAAUUCUAUACCAACCCUCCCUUUAAAAUUCCCAGAAGUGGAUAAGAUCCAUGUGAAAUAUGCACGAAUCACAAGCCCCAACAAGGACACAGCCGUGGAGGAGACGCUGAAAUUCUUUGCUCAUUUACCACACGGAAUGCCGCUGGAAUUCGAGUUGCACAAUAUGAGAGAGCAUGAGCUGGAGACGAUUCGCAUUAAAACGAUUUACCCAGAUGGGCGGUUCGAUUUGAUGAGACCCCGGGUGGAUGAGAUUCGCGAUGAGGGGAGGUAUUAUGGAGUUAAUACGCAGCUCAAAAUCACUUGCUCAUCUCCAUGGUCCGAAGCUGCGGAGAUCGACGUCGUUAUUGGAAUCUGGAGUUCUGGAAAGUUUGUCCCGGUCUUCUCCUCGCCCUCCUGCUUCUCUCCUGCCCACAUUCGAGUCAGAAUUCAUCCGCAUUCUCGUUGA